AUGUCGCAAGUUUGGGCCCUACACUGCAAUAUGGUGGUUAGGGCGAUUGAUUCAAAUACUUUUGUGUUCCAAUUCUUCCACUGGAAGGAUAAAGAAAAAAUCAUGAAUGGAAGACCAUGGAGUUUUGACCAGAAACUAUUGGUGUUAGAUUCAAUUCAGGGGGAUGAACAACCGUCGCAAGUCCGGUUAGAUACUUCACCUUUUUGGGUUCGCAUCUACAACCUUCCAUUCAAUUGUCGUUCCGAGUCAGAUGUGAAGACGAUUGCGUCAUGCUUAGGUCCUGUUCUGGAGGCUGAUUUGGACGAUUUAGGACUAGACCGUUUCUGCAGAGUCAAGGUGAUGCUGAAUAUAUUUAAACCAUUAAGGCGCACGCAACGCAUCAAACGCAAAGAUGGUCAGGUGACUAUGAUUGAGUAUAAAUAUGAGAGGCUCCCUCAUCUUUGUUUUAGAUGUGGUGUAAUGGGGCACAGUGACAAGGACUGUCGUGCUGAGUUACCGGAGGACUGUGAUGUUGAACUUGGGUGGGGGGAGUGGCUGAAAGCAUCCCCACAUAAGGGGAGGUCUCGAAACAGAGAGGAGGUGGCUGCUAUUAGAGCUCGGAGACGGGUUUUGUUUGUAACGAAGGAGGUGGAGGGGGUUGAUGUUUCUAGAAUGUCGCAGCCGGAUCUUAGGGGGGUGCUACAACUACAGCAACUGCCCGGGAAAACUCGGGGUUGGAGGCUCUCAACGUGCCUAUUUUAA